UUCCAUGUUGUUGGUUCUUAGAGUGAUGCUGUGUUUGCACAUGUUUAUGAUGUUCCAUUUUGCAUGUUUGUCAUCUCAUUCAUGCCAUCCCGAAGAGAGUUCUGCUUUGCUUCACUUCAAGACCGAACUCAAUAAUUUUGAUGAACACUACUCAUGUGAUCAUGAUGCUGAAUGUCUCUGCCUCCAUGCUGAUCCAAAGACGAGGGCAUGGCAAAAUGGGACAGAUUGUUGCUCAUGGAUGGGUGUCACGUGUCAUUCUGUGUCUGGUCACGUGAUUGGCCUUGAUCUCAGUUGCAGAAGACUUGUAGGUAAUAUUGAUCCUAACAGCACUCUUUUCAAGCUUACUCAUCUCCAUACACUCAACCUUGCUUACAAUCAUUUCUAUGGUUCUCAAUUGUCAUCUCAGUUUGGUCAACUUGUGAGUCUCACACACUUGAAUUUAUCACAUUGUUGGUUUGAUGGUGAUAUUCCUUCUCAAAUCUCACAUCUUUCUAAAUUACAAUCACUUGAUCUCUCUUGGAAUUAUGCUUUAUCUUUGGAAGAAACCACUUGGAAGAGGUUGCUGCAAAACACAACAUCUUUGAGAGAGGUUGUAUUGGAUGAUACAGACAUGUCUUCCAUUAGUUCAACACCAAAUCCUUUGUCUUUGAUUGCCAACUUGUCUUCCACUUUGGUUACUCUUAGUCUUACUCGUACUCAAUUAAGUGGGUCUUUGACAAGUGAUAUAUUCUGUUUACCAAAUCUUCAACACCUCAAUCUAAGUGACAAUAAUGAUGGCAUUCAGUUCCAUGUUCCAAAGUUGAAUUGUAACACUUCUCUUCUUACUUUGGAUCUUUCAGAAUGUGGUUUUUACGGGCCUAUCCCUUCAUCAUUCUUUAAUCUAACACAUCUUACUUCCUUGAUUUUGAGGAAUAAUUUCUUCAACAGUUCAAUUCCAUCAUCAAUUUCAAACCUUCAGCACCUCACUCAUUUAGAUCUUUCAGGGGAAGAACUCAGUGGUUUAAUCCCGUCAUCACUUUCAAACCUUCAUCAUCUUGUUUACUUGGAUCUUUCCUGGAAUAUUGAACUCAGUGGUUUAAUCCCAUCAUCAUUUUCAAACCUUCAUCAUCUUGUUUACUUGGAUCUUUCAUCAAAUAAUUUUAGUGGACAAAUUCCAAAUAUGUUUGAUAGGCUAACCAACUUGCAAACUUUGUUUCUUUGGGAUAACAAUUUUGAAGGAAAGUUGCCAUCCUCAUUAUUUACCUUAAGUAAACUCUCUGUGUUGGACUGUUCUUAUAAUAAUAUUGAGGGGUCACUGCCUGAUAAAGUAGCCUUUUCAAAUCUCACCCAGUUAAACCUACAUGACAACUUGUUAAAUGGGACAAUUCCUUGGUGGGCUUUAUCAUUCAAGUCUUUGAGAUAUUUGGAUCUUUCAAGUAAUCGAUUCACAGGGCACAUAAAUGAAAUUACAUCAUAUUCCUUGGAGUAUCUAGACUUGUGCAACAAUAAGCUCCAAGGAAACGUUCCAGAAUCGAUUUUUGAUCUUGUAAACCUUUCAAAUUUGUGCUUAUCACAACACAACUGGAAUGAUACUGUCCACUUUUCACUCUUCUCUAAACUCCAAAAGUUGAGCCAUCUUUCCCUUUCUGGCUGCAAUUCAUUAGUGCUAGGUUCUGAAACAAGUGUUAAUUACACUUUCUCUAAUUUACUGGAACUACAGUUGCGUUCAAACAAUAUUAUUGGUUAUUCAACAUUCUCUGGAAACUUUUCAGAAUUAGAGUUUCUUGAAUUAUCCAAUAGUAAACUUGAAGGAAAAGUUCCCCAAUGGAUACAUGAUUUAGAUUCAUUACAUCAUUUGAUUCUCUCAAAUAACUUGUUGACAUCAGUGGGUCAAUUCUCAUGGUAUCAACUUGAAGACCUUGAUCUUAGUUUCAACUUGAUGGAUGAUGACAUUUCUUCCUUCUUUUGCAAUGCAACACCUCUGACUGAUAUCAACUUGUCCCACAACCGAUUCAUAGGAACAUUUCCACAGUGCCUUGCCAAUAGCUCAUCCCUUAGGAAUUUGGACCUACAAAUGAACAAACUUCAUGGCAAUUUACCAGAUACUUUAAAUAGGAGUCUUCAACUGUAUGCACUGAUUCUCAAUUGCAACCAGUUCAAAGGUUUAUUGCCAAAAUCUUUGUCCAAUUCCGUGUUUCUUCAGGAAUUAAAUCUCGGUAAUAAUCAAUUUGAAGAUACAUUUCCCUAUUGGCUUCAGGAUCUAGGACUUUUGGAAAUACUAGUCUUGCAAGGCAAUAAGUUGCAUGGUCCCAUUGCAAAUUUGAAGUCUGAUAAUAUGUUUCAAAGUUUGAUCGUUUUUGACAUAUCAUGCAAUAACUUUAGUGGCUCAUUACCAAAAGCAUACAUACAAAAUUUUCAAGCCAUGAAGAUUGUGGAUGAUGAAGUGCUUAGUUCGGAUUAUUACAUUGACACUGAUUUCCACCUUAGAGGAGACAGAAUUAUUGAAGUAGAAAGAAAUCAUUCUAUCACUUCAAUAAUUAAAGGAGUUAGUACCACUUUUUCAAAAAUUCCCAGAGACUUUGUAAAUAUAGAUUUGUCAGGAAACAAAUUUGAAGGAGAGAUUCCAGAUGUUAUUGGAGAGCUUCAUAGACUCAUAGGCCUCAAUCUAUCACAUAACAGACUUGUUGGUCAUAUUCCCCACUCUUUGGGAAAUUUGACAAAUCUAGAAUCAUUGGAUCUCUCUUCAAAUAUGCUUACUGGGGAUAUUCCUACAGAAUUGACAAAUCUGAACUUUCUUGAAGUCUUGAAUCUUUCCCAAAACCAGUUGGUGGGAGCAAUACCCAAAGGAAAACAGUUUGAUACAUUUUCAAAUGAUUCCUAUGAGGGAAACAUGGAGCUAUGUGGAUUGCCAUUGUCAAUUCAAUGCAACAACAAUGUCCCUUUGCAACAAUAUCCAUCUUCUGAGGCUGAGGACAAAUUUGGGUUUGGUUGGAAACCAGUGGCAAUAGGAUAUGCAUGUGGAAUGGUGCUUGGAAUUGGCUUGGGAUAUUGUGUUUUCUCAAUUGGAAAGCCUCAAUGGCUUGUGAUCAUGUUUGGAGGCAAAAGAAUCAAAAGAAGGAGCCGUGGAAGUCGGCGUGCAAGAACCACUCUGUUUCAGCUUUUUGUUGUAAUGUAAAUGUGCAAUAAUAAUUUUGUAUCAUGUGGUGUUGUGUCUCUUUAUAUUUUAUUUGGGGCUGUAAUUUGGUUAUUUCUGUUGUUUACAUUAUGUGUUGUAUGCAAAUCUUGGUGAUAUUUAUACUUUAUACUUGCUAUUUCUUACAUAUUUGUAAGUGCGUUGUUACAUAUACAUGAUGUUGGAAGUAAUAUUAUGUUUUCAAAGUAUAUAGUCUUGUCUCUGGUAUAGUAUAUUUUUUCUGUUUUCGUGCAUUUCCAACACUAGUUGACAUCAACAUUUUUUGCUUCAUUCUACUGUUUAGUGUGUUCUAA